GCUCCGCCUUCUCCCGGCGGCCCCCAUCCGGAGCCGGGCCAUGGCGGGGCGGCUGCUGCGGGGCCGCGGGUGGGCCGUGGCGGGCUGGGCCCCGGGGCUCUGCGCCCUGCCGGCGCUCCCCGCCUUCCCCGGGCCGCGCCGUGGCUGUGGGGAGGCGGCGGCGCUGCGGGCCAUGGGCUUCACACAGGAGCAGGCCCGCCGGCUCCUGGGGCUGCAGCCGCGGCUUGGCCCGCAGCGCCGGGAGGCGGCGGCGGCGGAGCUGCUGCUGCUGGGGCUGAGCGCCGAGGCCGCCCUGGGCCUGCUGGAGCGGAGCCCGGAGCUGCUGCGGAUGCCGGCCGAGCGGCUGCAGGAGCGAUCCGCCGAGCUGCGGCGCCUGGGGUUCUGCGGAGGUCAGCUGCAGCGGGCCGUGAGCUGCUGCCCCCAGCUCUUCACCCUGCCGCGGAGGAGGAUGGCGGCGACCGUGAGGAUGCUGCGGGAGAGGUGCCUCUUCACGGCGGAGCAGCUGCGAGAGGUGCUGAGGAGCUGCCCCGCCGUCCUGCUGGAGGAGCCGUGCCACCUCCACCACCACUUCCAGUACGCCUACUUCAGGAUGGGCGUCCAGCAGAAGGAGAUGGUGAAGGCCCGGCUUUUCCAAAUGCCCUUUGUCGAGCUCAGGAACCGGCACAUCUUCCUGGAGCGCCGGGGGCUCUACCAGACCCCACACAAAGGCCAGACCCAAACCGGUAACCCAAAACUGAAGGACAUCCUUCAGCUCCCAGAGAAAGACUUCCUGUCCAGCCUUGCCCACUCCACACCAGAGGAGUACCAAGUCUUCAAGAAGCUGCUGGCUCGAGAGGAGGAGGAGAAGGGAGAGGAGGAGGAGAACGAAGAAGAGGAGGGGAGGGAUGCACUAUACACAGAGGAAGAUGAAGACUUGGAUGGUGAAGGAAGUAACAGAGCCAGGGAGUGAUGAGAGCUACAGUCAGCGCAGAAGGGGAGCAUCAUGCUGGCCAGCCGGUUGUGACUUCCCAUGGUCUCUGCCGCUCACAGGCUGCUGCCGGCUGCCUCAGCAGCUGCUCCUCCAGGCCCCAUACUCUUACAUUGCUCCCAGGAGGGAGAGGGUGGCACCAGGAGCGCUGAAACUCCUGGGCCUGUUCUGCUCUGAGAGCGUCUUUCAGGCUGCAGCUUGAGAUGUGUGGCUGAACAACAAAGCACCCUGUGAUGCUCACAGGAGGGGAGGGCUGCCCUGCCGGGAGGCUCCCCACACUGCUUGAGAAAUAACACUCUACCAUAACUAUGAUA